GAUCUCUUCCCCCAAUUACGACGCCUUUCAACUUCAUCUGAUACUUUUAUCACUGUAGAGAAGUGCAUCUAUGCCAUUGCCGCCCUCGAGUGCAAGAAAGCCUGUGACGACAAUCCCGACCACGAAGGCUCCCAGGACCAGCCCCAUGAACAUGACCAUGGCCUUCACAAGACCGACACAGCCUGCGGUACCCAUCUCGAAGCUGCUUUCAACCAGUACAGCAGCUACCUCGAACAAAUCCGCUGCAUCUGCCGAAGCGCCAUCGAGCAGGGAAUGACAUCCCUCGAAACAUGCUGCAUGAGCACCCGAACGACCCCAACCAAAAAGCAUCGAAGCAAACAUGCAAAGAAGAAGGCUGCACCUGUUAUCCCCACUUUCAAACCCUCUGGGGCAGGGAGUAAGCAGGUUGAUGUUGAGAACGCUGCGAAUCUUGAGACAGUGGGCUUUCUUGUUAGUGGUAUGGACUGUACCUCUUGUGCAGACAAGUUGCUCCGGAUCUUUGGCAGUAUGACUGGUGUUUCUAAUGCUCAGGUCAACUUUGUCAUGGGCAAAGGAGAGUUCGACGUUGAUGCAUCUAUCACCAAUGCUGGAGAGGUACUCAGCUUUGUAUCUGGGGCAAGUGGCUUUAUGCUUAGCAAGAUCAUCGGCGGGAAUUACUACGUCGACGUUUUGGCUACGACUGCACAGAGCAAGGGGCUUAUCGACAAUCCACCUUUGGGCGUCACGGAUGUUCAGUCGCUUGACAAGAAGACAGUGCGUCUCUCUUAUGAACCGACUACAAUCGGAGCCCGAGACCUGUUGGAGUCAGUUAAAGACAAGUGCGAUGGCCUGGCUGAACCCCGUGGAGACCCUCAACUCGAAAACAGCCGCCGUCGUCUCUGGGAUCAACUCACAAAGACCCUCCUCGCCGCUGCCCUCACUAUCCCCGUCGCAGUGGUCUCAUGGAGUGAGAACCUCGUCGACAACAAGACCGAGGGGAUCGUUUCUCUAAUCCUGGGUACACUUGUCCAAUGCAUCGCUAUCCCCGAGUUCUACCGCCCUGCUAUAUCUGCUGUUUGGUACAGUCGAACGGUUGAGAUGGACAUGCUUGUCGUUAUUAGUAUCACCGCUGCUUACGUCUACUCUGUUGUUGCGUUUAGCUUUGAAAUGGCGGGUAAACCUCUUGACGAGGGGCAAUUCUUCGAGACUAGCACCAUGCUUAUCACGCUCAUCCUCGUUGGUCGCCUCAUCGCAGCUUUCGCUCGUGUCCAAGCUGUUUCAGCUGUAUCUCUCAGGUCUAAGCAGAACAACAUUGCUGUGCUCGUCGAGAAGGAAGGGGAUCGUGAGAUUGACGCUCGUCUUCUUCAGUACGGAGACGUGUUCAAGGUUCUGCCUCACUCGAGAGUCCCUACUGAUGGUGUUGUGCUCUCUGGCAAGACUGAGGUAGAUGAGUCGAUGCUUACGGGAGAGACACUGCCUAUUGUUAAGCAGAAGGGCAGUGACUUAAUUGCGGGUACUGUUAAUGGAGAUGGUACUGUCACUGUUCAGUUGACGCGUCUUCCUGGGAAGAACACCGUUACCGACAUUGCUCAGCUUGUGGAAGAGGCUGCCAAGUCAAGACCUGAGAUUCAAGACCUCGCUAACAAAGUCGCUGGCUGGUUUGUCCCCGCUAUGGCUACUGUAGCUGUUCUUGUCCUUAUCAUAUGGAUCGCCUGUGGUAUGGAGGUUCUCAACUACGAUGCUGGAAAGAGUGUCGGCAACGCUAUCACCUACGCAGUGGCUACCCUCGCAGUCGCAUGCCCCUGCGCUCUUGGUCUUGCAGUUCCCAUGGUUCUCGUCGUCGCUGGUGGUAUCGCAGCUCGAGGUGGUAUCAUCAUCAAAUCGGCUGAUACUACCGAGGGAGCACGCAAGACUACCGAUGUUGUUUUUGACAAGACUGGUACGAUCACCGAGGCCGAGCUUGCUGUGACUGAGCAGGUUAAUCUAAGUGGGGAUAUGGCAGAUAACCUUGCUUUGGCCAAGGCUCUUGUUUCUGGAGGUAAACAUCCUGUCUCAGCUGCCGUCGAGAAGCAUCUAGAAGGACAGUCCGUCAAGGCCAUGCCCGAGGUGGUCAAUGUUCAAGUUGUUCCAGGCGCUGGAGUCGAGGCUGACUACUUGGACUCAACCCUCAGAGCCGGCAAUGCUCGAUGGACUGGAGCUGAUAGACUGGACGAUGUGUCGCGCCUUCAGCAUGGUGGUCUCACUACUCUUGUCGUGACUCGCAACUCUGUUCCUCUUAUCGUCUUUGGCCUCUCAGCUCAGAUCCGCCCAGAAGCAGUGCGAGUUAUUUCUGAGCUCAAGUCUCGCAACAUCAACGUUCACCUUGUUUCCGGGGACCAGAUUAAGGCUGUCCAAGCUGUGGCAGCAUCUGUUGGUAUCUCCCCCGAGAACGUGGUUGGUGAGCGUACUCCGCCUGAGAAGAGAGACUAUGUGGCUUCACUGAUGGAUCAGGGCAAACGUGUCCUCUUUUGUGGCGAUGGCACGAAUGACGCUAUCGCCGUAGCGCAAGCCAAUGUUGGCGCUCAGAUGGGAGGUGGUUUGACUAGCAGCGAUGUGACACAGGGUGCAGCAGAUGUCGUUCUUCUGAACGGUCUUGAAGGGAUUCCCUUCCUUCUUGAUAUCAGCAAAGUCUCAUUCCAGCGCAUGUACUUCAACUUUGUAUGGUCUGCUGUUUACAAUAUCCUGGCGAUCACGAUGGCUAGCGGCGCUUGGGUUGAGUUCAGGAUUCCGCCUCGGUAUGCUGGUUUAGGAGAAAUGGUUAGCGUGGUCCCUGUCAUUCUUGCUGCCAACUCCAUGUUCUUUGCGCGAUACUUUAAGCUCAAGGAAUGA